GCCUCACAGGCUGCCACAGAUCCUUGCUGAAGACAGAUCUUAACUCUCUUCUCCCUCAGGAUUUCAGGCUGUAUCAAUGGAGCUGCUCUCGGUGUCAACCAACAGCUUCACGCUGGACCUUUACAAAAAGCUGAAUGAAACUUCCAAAGGCCAGAACAUUUUCUUUUCUCCUUGGAGUAUUGCAACUGCUCUCGCCAUGGUCUACCUGGGUGCAGAAGGUGACACUGCAACCCAGAUGGAUGAGGUUCUUCAUUUUAACCGGACUACAGGAGAAGAAGGUUCAUCUGAGGCAAAAAAGCCUUCUCCGGGGAGAGCAAAGAAAAGAAAGAUGGAUCCUGAGCACAAGCAAGCUAAAGACACCCACUCUGGUUUCAAAGAGCUCCUGUCUGCCAUCAACAAACCCAGAAGCACCUACUUGCUGAAGAGUGCCAACCAACUGUAUGAGGAAAAGACCUACCCAUUACUGCCCAAAUUCUUAAAGCUCAUUACAAAAUAUUACAAUGCAAAGCCACAAGCUGUAAACUUUAAGACAGCUGCAGAACAAGCCAGAACACUGAUCAAUUCAUGGGUUGCAAAUGAAACUGAGGGGAAAAUCCAGGAUCUGCUGCCUGCAGGAUCUCUCAAUUCUCACACUGUAUUGGUCUUAGUAAAUGCAAUUUAUUUCAAAGGAAACUGGGAAAAGAAAUUUCUGGAGAAAAAUACUUCUGAGAUGCCCUUCAGAUUGAGCAAGACCAAGACUAAACCAGUGCAGAUGAUGUAUCUGAGACAUAAUUUUUUGAUACUGCAUGAAAAAAACAUGAAAUUCAAAAUCAUUGAGCUGCCAUAUGUGGAAAAUGAACUCAGCAUGUUCGUUCUCCUACCAGAUGACAUCAGUGAUAACACUACUGGUCUGGAGCUGGUGGAAAGAGAGCUGACCUAUGAGAAAUUGUCUGAAUGGACAGAAUCAGCCAAUAUGAUGAGAGCUGAAGUGGAUCUGUUCCUGCCCAAGUUGAAGCUAGAAGAGAAUUACAGCCUUAAAUCCACUUUGAGCAGCAUGGGGAUACGAAAUGCUUUUGACCCAGUUCAGGCUGAUUUCACAGGGAUGUCAGUGAAGAAGGAUCUUUUCAUCUCAGAAGUUAUUCACAAAGCCUUUGUGGAAGUCAAUGAAGAAGGUACUGAGGCAGCAGCUGCCACAGCUGUCCUGCUGCUGAGAUCAAAACCACGACCAAUUACUUUCAAAGCUGACCACCCUUUUCUCUUCUUCAUCAGACACAACAAAUCACAAACCAUCCUCUUCUUUGGCAGACUCUCCUCACCCUAGUCAGAGCUCCUCCUUGCCCUGCAGAGUAGGAGACGCUCGCCUGCCAGCUCAGAUGCAAAUACCAAAACCUGAAACUCCUGCUGCAGCUGGGGGGGAGUAAGACCUGAACCCUUUCUCCACCACACCACACACCCCAGGACCCUGAGGCACAGCUCCUCCUCUGCUUCUCUCCUACCCCAAAGGGACAACCAUGGCAGCAGGGAGCACUUGAUGCCUUGCAUCCAGAGCAAUCCUGGUUGCCAUUCAGACCAGGCCACCAAGGGUAGCUCUGUCCCCUAACCACUAUUAGCUAUGGCAUUUCUACCCCUUCACCCGCACAUCGGUGUGUACAAGUGUAUACUAACACGGGUCACCUCCUCACCCUCGUGACUAGAGCCCCUGAUUCAGAUGCGGUCUUAGCCCUUACUCCCACCCGCAGCAGUUAGACCCUGCUUCUGUUUCACCCUUGAUUAGGUCCUUGCAUUACAAAUGGAGGCAGACCUUCCCUAUGCAAGGCCUGUGGCCAUUCCUUUGCCUUCCUUCCACAUCCCAGCUGUAAGUCUUCAUCAGCUCCCAAUUUCACCUCAGUUACCUUCAUGUGUCUCUCAACUGAUACCUUAAAAAAAAAAAUAAAUCGGAAAAUAUACCUCUGGGAGGGCUAUUUGCCUCACUCAGACCCUCAGGUAUGCAAGGAGGGGCCAAGCCCGUACAGUCUCCAGCUACAGCAACACCUCACUGUCGUUAAGAACAAC